GCUUAACCUCUCCAGUGCAUGCCACAAUGAACGCUGGACGCUCUAGAACGCGUACUGCUGAGAAUAUGGACAAUUUUCACCGCUUCCUGAGUACCGACGAGAUUAAAAUGGGUUCGGAGCGCUCAUCUGCAUCGAAGAAAGGAAUUUUACUACAGAAUCUCGACGAAGGAAAGCCCUGUCUUAAAUGUGGAGAGAAAUGUUCUGGUUUCAGUUUGCACGUGUGGCGCAAAGUGUGUGCGAACUGCAAAUGUCCCCGUGAGAACCAUGAUGUGUCUGUGGAUGCUGAUGCUGAUGUCGAUGUAGACGAAGUUGAAUUCAAAGUAAAAGGCCUUAAAAUCAACUCGGACACGAACCGCGAAGAUGAUUUACCGUCCCCUCCCCCGUUGUCAAAUAACAACGAAUACCAAACGAUGAAGAUAUUUACUACUCAAUCUUCCCUUGUGGAUAACGAUUUGUUUCCCCCACCUCCCCCUCCCUCAACGGCCUCAGAUUACCUUUGGUCUCCUCCUGGAUUGACGACUGGUCAGGUAGAGGCUUACAUGAAGUCCUUACCAGAGGAUAGAAUUCCCAUCCUUGGGUCACCUGGAGAAGAUUAUUAUAUAAAACAGCGCGUAUAUCAAAACCCUCCACAAGACAAAGCGCCCGUGCAUUUCUCAAAUAUUCCAGAACCUCAAAGAGAAGCUUUUGUUCAAUUCUGGAACAACGAAGAUAAUGCAAAAGGAACCGGAAAGGUCAAAGUUCCACUUGGAAGAAGAGAGACUUGCCAAUCGUGUUUCAAGACCAUCCCUAAAGGCGACGUAGUGGUUUCAGCUGAGUUAGACGACAGUGAAGUGUCAUGCUAUCACGCUGCAUGCUUCUGCUGCGCGACUUGUUGGGAGCUGUUGGUAGACCUCACCUACUUCCAGUAUGGAAACAAAGUCUACUGCGCAAGACAUCACGCUGAGUUGUCAAGGCAACGUUGCUAUGGAUGUGAUGAGCUUAUCUUCACCGGGGAAUACACCAUAGCCAUGAACAAAAGCUGGCACUUGGGUCAUUUCCGAUGCAACGAGUGCGACGUCAGCAUCACCGGCAAGCAGUUUAUUGUCAGAGACGAAAAGCCCGUAUGCGUUGACUGUUUUGACUGCAGAUUUGCCAACGUGUGUGACCACUGUCAUGGCAAGAUUGGACCUGAUGCUAAAGACGUAUCAACAGCUGACGAUCGACAUUGGCAUGAAAUGUGUUUCCUGUGCGAGCUGUGUCGGAAACCUCUGCGAUCAGACGGAAAAUUUACUUUCUACAAGGAGCAAGUUCUGUGUAAUGAUUGCUACAUCACUAACUUCCAGAAGACGUGUGCAGGAUGCCAUUAUGCCAUCGAGUCUGGGAGCGCGCGCCUAGAAUACAAUGGCACCUACUGGCAUGAAGAAUGCUUCAAGUGCGCCGUCUGUCGGGAAGCUAUCGGGACUAGCGGUUUUGUUCCAAAAGAUGAUGAGUUCUACUGUCCCGGAUGCUAUCAGAAUUUACAUGCCAAGCGUUGCGCGGAUUGCGGAGAGCCACUCUCCGAAGGCGGUGUCCUCUACAACGAACAGACCUGGCACAAGGAGUGUUUCAGUUGUUUUACCUGCCAUGAAUCGUUGGCAUCUCGACCAUUCUCUGUGCAUAGUGGCCACCGCUACUGUAUCGAGUGCUAUGGAAGGUUCCUGGCCAAGCAGUGUGAGGUCUGCUUUAAACCAAUUAUCGGCGGUGAAUACUUCACAUUAGAGGAGUCAAAUUUCCACAAAGAGUGCUUUAACUGCACUCGGUGUCAGCGGUCUCUGGCCAAUGAAGGAUUUGUUAGAGAAGGGGUUGAACUUCUAUGCGCCAGCUGUGCUGAUUGAACAGAAGCGUACAAAUUAAACGAAUAAGACCUCAUGCAAGUCCAUAUCGAAAAAAAUUACUUAAUCUAACAGAGCAAAAUGUUAUAAAUUUUUCGUAAGUUUCCAAAGUAAGCUUGUUUCAUUUCAGUGGUAAUGAAAAGUCUUUGUUUACAUCCUUUUAAACCGACAAUCCCGGCGUAUAAGUAAGUUGAUCUGUUUGCUAGUAAACGAGCUGACAAGAGGGACAGACAUAAACGAUUCAACUUAUGGGUGUAAAAUUAAGUGUUGACGUUUUUCCUGUUUCAGGAAAUCUUUCAUCAUAGCAGUUUACUACGCUGCGAAGAAGCAUGAAAAUUUAAGUAAAAGUUGCAAAUGUUUCUUUUUCUAAAUAUAUAUCGUAACAAUGAAGAUAGAUUAUCGCUCGAUGCCAGAUGAUGAUGUACUUACGAAGUUCAGAUUUUAUUUUUUGUAACAAUCGCCCUUUCUUUUUCCUCGAGCAACAGCUAGUUCUGUUAAAUACGUUUUAGCUGCUAAUGUCAUGCUUAAAAAAUUAUAUGCAGAAAUAAUCAUAUAUUGAUGAUGCCUUCGCAACUUUUUGUUGCACAAUUCUUUUUCGGAGGGCCUCUCUAAAGGGAAUUUGGGAUGGGGUAUGUAUGGUGGACGGUAUAGGAGGGCUAUAGACAGGCUACCUAUUCUUCGCUAACAUACCUUCAGCCUUCUGCCGAGCUGUUUUGAGGGUUUGUGCGAACUUCGUUUCUUGUUGACGUAAGUUAUUUGGAUACCAGUUCUGUUGAUUUUUGUGAUGGUUAAAAUUUUUAUCAAUAAAGUGUUUUCCAGAA